AGUGAACCGCGCGCGAACACUCAUUAUUAAUUAGAAAUUCAAUUGAGUGACUUAACUCUUUUUUAGUCUAAUUCAGUGAUUUGUAAGUUUGAAUUGGAAAAUGGGGUUCCUUGAGGAGCGAGACCUUAGUGAUGUGCCCAAUAUCAGAGAAUACUAUAAGGGAAAGACUAUAUUUGUUACUGGAGGCUCAGGUUACAUGGGCAAGGUGCUGCUGGAGAAGCUCCUGUACUCCUGUAGCGACUUAGACCGGAUCUAUGUGCUGUUGAGGAGUAAGAAGGGAGUCAAGCCAGAGGAUCGUUUGGCUACUUUGUAUGCCUCGGAAUGCUUUUGCCGACUGCGAAAGGAAAAACCUGGCCUCUUUGAGUCCAAGGUAUUCUUCAUAGCUGGAGAUUGCAGCGAAAUCGGACUUGGUAUGUCCGAAGAAGAUAGAGCCUUAAUCGUAAAUCGGGCUCAUAUUGUUUUCCACGUCGCCGCAUCUGUCAGGUUCGACGACACUUUAAAAGUGGCAGCAAGACUGAACCUUAGAGGUACAAGGGAAUUGGUGGAGCUCGCUAAAGAAAUAAAGAAUUUGGAAGUUUUACUACACGUAUCCACAUCAUACGCGAACACCAACCGUGAGAUCAUUGAUGAAGUGGUCUACCCAGCGCACGCUGAUUGGAGAGACACGCUCGAAGUAUGUGAGAAGUUGGAUGAAGAAACCCUUAAGCAUUUAACACCUAAAUAUCUAGGAGAAUUACCGAACACAUAUGUAUUUACGAAGCAGUUGGCCGAACAUGUCGUGUAUGAGCAGAAAGGAAAGUUGCCUGUCAUUAUAGCGAGACCUUCCAUAGUAAUUUCCGCAGUCGAGGAACCAGUGCCAGGUUGGAUUGAAAACUUUAAUGGACCCAUUGGAUUACUGAUGGCCAGUGGAAAAGGUAUUCUUCGAAGUGUGUACUCCGAUCCCGAACUGGCUGCGGAUUACAUACCAGUAGAUAUGGCUAUUAAGAUGUUUAUCGCAGGGGCUUGGCUGAGGGGUACCAAGACAUUAGAAGCCACGGAUGAUGUGGAAGUAUACCACUGUUCCAGCAGUCACAUGUUUAUAAUGACUGUUGGCGAGAUUGUUGAAAACGGGAAAGCUAUUCUUAAAGAAAUACCAUUCGAUAACAUAUUGUGGCCUGGCGAUGGUGGGGUUACUAAGUCAAGAUUGGAUUAUAAUUUAAGGGUUCUCUUUUUGCAUUUACUUCCGGCCUUACUUGUCGAUCUCGUGUUGCGAAUAAUCGGGAAGAAACCUAUGCUUCUCAAAAUACAACGACGCAUAUACACAGCCAACAUCGCCCUUCACCCGUAUCUGACGCAGCAAUGGAAAUUCCUGAACAAUAAUUUACUGGCCUUACGUGAUAAAAUAAAAAUUGAAGAUAAAAAAAUGUUUUACUAUGCCAUGGAAAUGGUGGAUCAGUUGGAAUACUUCAGGACUGGUGCCAAAGCAGGAAAAGUGUAUUUACUAAAGGAAAAGUUAGAAGACCUGCCGAAAGCAAGAGCGCAUUAUAGAAAAAUGGUGAUCUUGGAUAAAACAUUGAAAAUCGCCGUGUACGCUGCGGUUGCGUGGUACGUGUACAGCAGAGAUAUAUUGAUCACAGCAUUAAGUUAUACAUAUAACGCUCUUUUCGGGUUGUAAUUGUUGGAAAUAAAGGUUUUAAAUUAUUA